AAUGUUUAGCACUCACAUGACGGCAAUCCAAAGCCUGAACUGACCAAAUGUACAUUUCUUAACGUCGUUGUUUCGUGUCAAUUAAUUCACUUAGGUUAGUUGGCCUUCCUUGCCAAAUCAUAUCUGGCUGCAUGUAGAAGUAAUCGACCUCACCUCGUUUCCCUUAAAUGGAGUUCGGCACUAAACCAUGUGCGUAUGAAGCAACAUUCUUCAGCAAAUUUUCCCUCGACGCCAGGUCAUCCCAGCUGCGUGUGUACUCAGCGCGCGGCUCGCCCUCAUCAGAGCACCCUCAUCAUCCGACAAGGUUUAGAAGUGCUAUGUUGCCUAUACAUUGGCUUUAGACUAAGAUGAAUUAAAACGUUAUUCUGUAUUUUGAAGUAAUAAGGCAAAUAGCCUACACUUCCACUGUAUUCAAGGUAGACAAUUUGGUUGUGUUGUUGCUGCUUUAGUCGUAAAGAUGUCUCUGAUGUUUGGGAAGGCGAGGAGCAGUAACUUCUCCGCUAUCCCAGAACGCGGACAACCUGAAUUCAAUGUGGUAGUCCUCGGAGUGAUGGGCUCAGGAAAAUCAGCAUUGACUGUCAAGUUUCUCACCAAGCGUUUCAUCAGUGAAUAUGACCCCCACCUAGAGGACACCUAUUCUUCUGAGGAAAUGGUGGACCAGCAGCCAGUUGUUGUGAAGGUCAUGGACACAGCUGACCAGGAUGGCCCAGUGAACUGUGAGCGAUACCUCACUUGGGCCAGUGCCUUCCUCGUGGUCUACAGCAUAGACAGCAGGCGAAGCUUUGAGGGCUGCCAACAGUACCUGGAGGCCAUCACGGUCCACAUCAGGGCCCUGCAGACCCACACACCCAUUAUACUGCUGGGUAACAAGCUGGAUAUGGAGAGAUACAGGCAGGUGAGUAAGUCAGACGGCUCGGCCCUCGCCUCUCGUUUUGGCUGCCUGUUCUUCGAGGUGUCGGCCUGCCUGGACUUUCUGUCCAUCCAGCGGGUCUUCCAUGAAGCCGUGAGGGAGGCCAGGAGGGAGGCUGGUGAGAGGAGCCCCCUGUUGCGCCCCCUCUACAUUAGCGAGGACCACAAGCCGUUGGUGAGCUUCGCCACGGUGCCCCCGUUCACCACCCCCUGCUACAAAGAGCUCCCUGCCCCUGCCACCGCCAAGCUUGUGACAGUCAAGUCAUCGCGGGCCCAGAGUAAGCGACGGGCUCCCACGCUGACUUUGCUCAAGGGCUUUAAGAUUUUCUGAUGAGACGGUGGAACAUGAGAAGAGACUUACACCCCGUGCUCAAAGACAGUAGCUCAGUGACUCAACAUCAUCCUCCUGCACAGGUCCUCGAGACCGGACUCAAAUGAACGUCUGUUUAACCGUGACACUUGACUUGGCUCUGAAUGACUCUGUCACAAUGGAAGUGAACAUUUGAGACUUUACUCAGACCAGUGAGAGACCAGUGAAUUGUGAAAGGCAGAACCACACGGAGACAAAAUGACAUACCACCAAGACAACUUUUUCUUUAAAUGUACUUGAAAGUUUCCCUUCAUGAUUAAGUGCAUAUUUAAGACAAGAGAUUAUUAAUUCCUUGAGGGUUGGACACAUACUGGUGAGUAAACUGAUAUUCUGAAUGUUGAUUUUGUAUUACCAACAGCUUCAGGAAGUUGAAUGUCCUACAAGUAAAUUACUGGGACACAGUUAUAUUAUCUGUAUUCUGGAGAUUAGGGUGUUCAUGAUGAUAAAUGUUUAUUGUAUAUGGUAUAUGUAAGUGUAGAUGGCUUGAUGUAUGCCACCUUUUUAUAUACAUUUUAAUGCGAUUUAGAAAACUGAUGGGAUAUCUCUAAAUGAUGGAUACAUUAUUAUAAAUCUUUUAACAGUAUGAUUUUAAUCUUGGAGGUAUCGUUAUAGACAUCAUUUUCAUGAUUUGUGGACGCACCCUUCUGGCUGAUUAGUAUAACUACACAUAAAACAAAAAGUUAUCAAUGCUUUUCAUAUGAUACAAACAAUUAAAGUGUAUCUAAGACGAACAACUAAAGUAAACCGAAUAAAUUCUGUGUCCUAUCCAAAACAUCUUUAUUUUGAUACUCUCUACUCUUUAAAAAUCAUUUUAACUGUAAAUAUAGUAAAAAUAUGUUCAUUUUUACUGUAAGUAUAGUCAAAGAAUGAUCAUUUUAACUGUAAUUAUGGUAAAAGAAUGUUCAUUUUAACUGUAAACAUAGUAAAAUAAUGUUUAUUUAAACUGUAAGUAUAGUUAAAGAAGGUUCAUUUUAACUGUAAAUAUAGUAAAAAAAUAUAAUAAUCUCAUUUUAUUUGUAGGUAUAGUAAAAUGAUGAUAAUUUCUACUGUCAGUAUAGUAAAAGAAUGUUUCUUUUAACUGUAUUAUGAUCCACAUUAGAUGAG